AUGCAAGUACAACAAGUACCCCGAAUUCAGUUCUUGGCCGAUGCGUUCAAGACCACCAAGCCGUCCACGGUCAACAGCAAGUCGUUCGUGCCGACUCGAACCACAACGAUGACUUGCCCUGCCAACUUCCCCACCGUGGCGUUGCCCCCAACCCGCAAAGUCCCGAUUCUGGAGUGCUCAGUGUACCAGCCAAAGUGCAACGGAGGUCUCGCCAACAAGCAACAGCGGUACAUGCCCGACAAUACGACCGGGGUGGCCAAGUUGCAAAUGGAUUCGAACUUGGCCUUUAAAUUCUUCCCCAUCGAUCGAGCCAUGUGGAUGGACUACAAUCGAAGGGACGAUUUAUAG